AUGGACUACGUUACACACCUUCCCAAAGAGAACCCUUCAAUUGCAACUACGUCAACUUACAAUUUGAAAUACACCUACCCCGUAAAAUACUAUGAUUUCCACGUUUACUAUUUCGCCCACAAGCAAAACUCGUUAGAGGAAUCAGAUGCCUUGAGAGAAAAACUUCUUGUUGAUUUCCCUGAAGAUACCACCAACGGUUCCAUUUUAGUCAAGAAAUUACCCGAUGAUAAAGUGAUUGGUCCACACCCAACUCAAUUUUGGGAAGCUGAUGUGUUAAGACCCGAAGUGUUUGUUAAAGUUUUGAGUUGGUUCCAAUUAAAUCACGGUAACUUGCUGGUAUUGAUUCAUCCUCAAACUGGUGAUGAUUUGAAAGAUCAUUUUGACCAUGCAUUGUGGUUAGGUGACAAAUUGCCAUUGUUUGAUAUCUUUGGACCUAAUGAAGGUGUUAUACCUGAAUUUGGCGUCAAGGGGGGUAAAAGAAUCAAAGUGGAUGAUUUUGAUCUGCAUAAAACAGUGUUGUGA